UGUCCCCAGCGUCUUCGCCAUCCUCCCACCACACAACACAACACACCACACCAUCACAACACAACACAACACAACAACCACCGUGUCCGUGCUGUCUCCACACCAUGGGGCUGUGAUGCCAGCGACGGGCGGCGCCGGCGCAUCUUCUCCACAGUACUGAGCCUGUGUAUGGAUCUAAUGAUGAUGAAGAAGAAGAAAUUCAAGUUCAAGGUGGACUUCGAGCUGGACGAGCUGUCGUCGGUUCCCUUCGUCAACGGGGUCCUCUUCUGUAAAGUGCGGCUGCUGGACGGCGGCUUCUCCGAGGAGUCCUCCCGGGAGCCGGUGCAGGCCAACUGCGUUCGAUGGAGGAGGCGAUUCUCUUUCCCCUGUAAGAUGAGCGCCAACGCUGGGACAGGUGUACUGGACCCCUGUGUGUGUCGAGUAUCUGUCAGAAAGGAGCUGAAGGGUGGGAAGGCGUAUGCAAAGCUUGGUUUUGCAGAUCUGAAUUUAGCAGAGUUUGCGGGCUCAGGGAACACAACCCGCAGAUGUCUGCUGGAAGGCUACGAUACCAAAAAUACACGUCAGGAUAACUCCAUUCUCAAGGUUGUAAUCAGUACACAGCUCAUGUCAGGAGAUCCCUGUUUUAAAACGCCUCCCUCCACAGCCACUGUGAUAGGGAUCCAGGGUGACGGAGAGAGCCUGCUGGAGGAGAGGAGGGGAGGAGACUCACAGAAAGGCUCUUCUGAGAGCCGUGAAGGGAAGUGUCCGAUUGUGUCUGAUGACCUGGGGGGCUUCGGACACUCCCGCACCUCCAGCUACGCCAGCCAACAGUCCAAACUCUCAGGCUACAGUACAGGUCACUCCCGCUCCUCCAGCAUGUCAGAGUUCAGCCACCGGAGAAACCAUUCAGUGGGCAGCGCCUCAACGGGCAUUGGCAGCAUCCCAGAACCCAGCGAGGACCGGGACAGAGAUUCCAGACCCUGUCCCGCGCUGCCCGAACACCCGGACCCUACCACUAACACCACAACUACCACUGGUACCAGUAACCCACCAGGCACACCGGUACACAGCGCCUCAUCCUGUGAACGACUCAACAGACAUCCAGUGAAACAAGACUCCAUGGAGUCUCAGCUGAAGAGGAUGGACGACACGCGGGUGGAUGCGGACGAUGUGGUGGAAAAAAUUCUUCAGAGUCAAGACUUCACACCGAGCCUACUGGACUCAAGUGCUGAAGAGGAAGGUCUGCGUCUGUUUGUUGGGCCUGGAGGAAGCACGGCCCUCGGGAGCCAUCACCUUCCCACCAGGGUUGGUGCCGGAGCAUACGAGCAGGUGGUGAUAAAGCGUUAGACCUGCAGCCUCACAGCCUCACUGACAGACUCACA